UAAAAAAAAUAUAUCUUUCAUGGACUCAUGGAUUUGUUUUGUUUGAUAUUGGUUUUUUAACAAAAUAAAAGUGAAUACUGAUUUCAUUGCCGUUGCACGUGCUUCGUGUAUUUGAUCAGCCAAAGAUGAGUUCUGCAAAGAAAAGAGGCGGGAAACGUCCAGCUAAGCGUAAAAGCGUAGUGAAUUGUUGUCGAGCGUGUCUCGCGACGGACGUGAAGCUUGUUCAUAUGCUCGAGCACAAGCUUGAUGAAGAGUUCUUCCGUGUGACAGGGAUUGUUGUAGUUGAGAAGGACAUGCUCCCGCUGCACAUGUGCUUGUGGUGCGCCGCGUUCUUGCGGAGCUGCGCUGCGUUCAGGAGCAAGUGUGCUCGGGUCAACGAGUUAAUCCUGCCACUGAAGGGCAAGUUGACCAUAGAUUCUGUUCGCGCCAUGGACCGCUUCGCUAACCGACUGGUAAACCUGACUCCGGCUGACAUCGAAGUUGACAGUACAGGCAGAAAAUCAAGUGUACCACUUGUUUUGAAACCUACAACAAUUAAAAAUGAAAAGAAAGAACUUUUUAUGGAAAUGCAGAACUCCGACGAAAAUGAGACUAAAACUAAUGUUGUAAAAGAAGAAGAAGAAGGACAGUUAACUGAUUUCUAUGAUGUUGAGUAUCUCGAUGAUCUAGAAGAUGAUUUUGAAGAUACAGUUUUAAGAGAAACCAACGUAGAAAAUGUGUCAGACAAGAUUCAUGAUACAACGUUAAGUUUAGACACAUCUUUGGGAAUCGAAGGGCAGAAGGGUGAAGACCAUGCGAGAAAGAGAAAGACUUAUACAUUGAGGUCUGCAGAGAAUGAUUAUUUGCCGGUAAUGGAUGUGGAAGAACUUAGGACAACCUGGAAUGUGGAUGUCAAAAUAUUAACACAUGAACAGCAGCUGGCAGAGAUAGCGGAGCGCCGAGACUCCGCCGAGUACCGCCAGGCGCAGUACCCGUGCGACCCCUGCGGGCGCUACUUCCAGGUGGAGAAGGCCUACAGGAACCACAUGCUCAAACACGACAGGCCCGGAGCGCACAAAUGCCCUGUGUGCACGAUCCCCUUCAAAAACGCGGGCAUGCUGUGGAGGCACGUCGACACCCACCGCAUCAAGUAUGUGUGCCGCGAGUGCGGGUUCGCGUCCCGGACCAGGGCACAAGCGGUCCUACAUCACUCGUAUCACGAGGGCAAGGUGUAUACGUGUCAGUUCUGCGGGAAAGAGUGCAGAAAACAAUCGACGUAUCUCGGGCACUUGCGGCUGCGGCACAAGACGAUGCACAUCGCUUGCGAGAUGUGUGGCGAGACCUUUAUCAGCAAGCUCGGCUUGAACAUGCACAAGGCCCACGAGCAUGGUGUGCGCAAAAAAAAUCGUGAAUGCAAGAUCUGUUCAGUAACGUUUAUCAGUGAAGACGCGUUGAAGAAGCACCAAGCAACCGGCGCACAGAAGGAGCACGCUCUGCUCAGCCCGUGCGCGCAGUGCGGGGACAACUUCGAGACUGCGGACGCACUGAAGGAACACGUGGACGCCGAGCACCCGAGCUGCCAAGAGUGUAAUACAACAUUCGUGAACACGGAGUCAUAUAACGUGCACUUCGCGCGCAAGCACCUCGGGAAAGGUAACCGACAGGUCGCCAGGAAUAAGCAGGUCAAACUACGCGCGCGGGCUCUCGGCCUCCAGUGUCCUGUGAAGAAAGACUUAUCAUGCUGCGAUUAUUGCGGAAAGGUGUUCAUGAAUCGCACUCAUCUCCGCCAGCACUUGAUGCAGCACACGGGAGAAAAACCGUUCGCCUGCGAUCUCUGCCCGAAGCGCUACAACACAAAACAAAAAAUACAGUUCCACAUGAGAGCGCACACGGGAGAGAAACCGUACACGUGCGAGCAGUGUGGCGCUCGUUUCUCCAGAAAGGGCAAUAUGCAGAAACACGUGAACAUCUUGCACAAGGGUGUUCGCAAGAACUCCGAUUGCCACAUUUGCGGGCGCGUGUUCACGACGACGUGGUCCAUGAAUUUGCACGUGCGCACCGUGCAUAGAGGCGAGUCGCUGCCCAAACGUGCCCCCAGGAGGAAACACACACACACUACAAGAAAUGCUCAGGAUGAAGACGCAGACGCACCAAAAUAUAUCAUAGAAGAGAUUUCACAGGAUGAAUAUAUGGAGGAGAUUAUAGAAGAAAUAAAAAUAGAGGAAGUAUAACAAAUAUUAACUUCGUCGCCAAUUUUAUAUUACCCAAGUAUCCCACUUCUGAAGUCUUUGUAAACAAUAGGAGACUCCUUAUUUGUUAUUUUGAUAUAAUAGAAAAAGUUAUUGUAA